AUGCGCCGUGGAGUAGACGAUGCGUUCGGGCACGUCUCGCCUUUCAUAAUGUUGCAAAAAGUUUCAGCUGGUCGUCUGAUAUGGAUAUUGAAGCUGAGGAGACCAGUGCGGCGUCUUGUCACUGAAUAUGACUUGUCAAGUUUCAUGCAUGAAUUUGAUGACGCAGUCGUUGCAUACUUUGAUUCGGAGGUGGCGUUUUCUAUUUCGUACGAUUUUCGACAGUACAUCAAAGCUGCCCUAAAUGUAUUUCAGCAUCAGAAUUUGCUGGAAACAGUUGGUUUCGCCGUUGUGACAAACUCAACUUUAGCAGCGACAGUAAGUCCGAUCCCGAAAACAUGGAUUCAAAUGAAAGCAUGGGAUCGCAUAGUUAAUUAUCACCACAACCUAACUGAUGCUGAAAUCUACGAAUGGGUCAGAGACGAAGCAGCUAGGCAGAAUGGUUUGCGCUGGAUCAGCCCAGAAUUAAAUGGCGUUGCAAAAAGUGAGGAUUUGCUGUCUAUUUUGCAAGACAAUGCUACAGUUUUGAUAUUUAUGGAUCGUCAAGUGCUUUACCCGCACAGCUGGGUAGGCGCAGUAGUUGAGCAGAGCAGUUAUUGA